AUGCACGGUGGCGAAGACCCUGUCGUCUGGAGCCUUAGAGAGUUCCUCUUGUGGUGGCCUCAAACCAGAAUGGUCGAGUACGAACUCGAGUAUCCUGGCUUCUCACACCUAUCGGCCCCAUUCAUCACUGGCCCAUGCAUUGUCUUGGUCGAAGAGAAGAGAUUGGCUGCUGAGGUUCUGGCCCGACUCUCGAGGCUCCAAUCUAUGACCUUGACGGCGAAGGAUGCGAAAAUCUGCUACAGGGAAUACUCGGAAGACCCGGGUUUCCGUACCAGCCUACCAAUCUUUCACAUGCUGCCACUUCGGGAUCAAUUUGCGGCUAUACCCGGUCUCUCUCAGCUCAGUUCCCUCCACCCCUCGCACGGACAUUUAGACUGGGCCAUCAUCACAUUACCAACACUUGACACCUUGUGUUUGGGUGCUGAGGCAACUAUCCAGCUUCCCUGUAAAGAUAAUACAGCCCCCAAUAUCCUCACUGUCAUCUUGGAAUCUCAGAGGAGAGUCACCGAUAGCGAGCUCAACGAGAAAUGCACCUUCCUCACUUGUCUCCCAAAUCUCCGGUCCAUGACAUUGAACUCCCAUAAUGAGGCAGAGUCCAAAAAUCGCCUCCCUUUCAUACAUAAUCCAUGGGAACUACCACAAGUACCUUUCCAGUUCGGCUGGUGGGCACAGGCCGCACCCCACCUACUAGAGCAUGCGCCAUCAGUCCAAGAUCUCGUGUUCACAUACGGUAGCGAGUAUGGAGCCGCAGGGUCUCGCGAGUAUCCGUUGAGGCUCGGUAACUUUACACAGCUCCGUAGGAUGCAGGUUGCAGAAAGGAUCUUUCUCUUUGCGAUGAACCACAAUUCCGAACUUCCGUACGGGUUUCUAUCUCCUAGCAUCCAAGAGUUAGUUGUCGAUCACACCUAUUUCCCAGAUAUCAACGUUCCCUCAUUCUACAACGUAGAUUGGCUAGUGCCGGUAGUGCUUAAGAUCCUCCCAGAACUAAAGCAGGUCGAGCUCGUGGUCUCCAGGAAUGAUGAGUGUUCUGAGUGGUAG